AUGGAUUUCAUCCAGCAUGCUGUGCCCACCCCAUGCCAAGGUGCACUGACCAUGAGCCUCAACUCCUCCCUUGGCCACAGGAAGGAGCUAAGCAACCUCACCGUGGAGGAGGGAGGUGAAGGGGGUGUGAUCGUCACCGAGUUCAUUGCCAUUAUCAUCAUCACCGUGUUUGUCUGCCUGGGAAACCUGGUCAUCGUGGUUACCUUGUACAAGAAGUCCUACCUUCUCACCCUCAGCAACAAGUUUGUCUUCAGCCUGACCCUAUCCAACUUCUUGCUGUCUGUGUUGGUGCUGCCAUUUGUGGUGACUAGCUCCAUCCGGAGGGAAUGGAUCUUCGGUGUGGUCUGGUGCAACUUCUCUGCCCUCCUCUACUUGCUGAUCAGCUCGGCCAGCAUGCUCACCCUCGGGGUCAUUGCCAUAGACCGCUAUUAUGCUGUCCUAUACCCGAUGGUGUACCCCAUGAAGAUCACAGGGAAUCGGGCUGUGAUGGCGCUUGUCUACAUCUGGCUUCACUCCCUCGUCGGCUGCCUGCCUCCCCUAUUUGGUUGGUCUUCGGUGGAGUUUGACGAGUUCAAGUGGAUGUGUGUGGCUGCCUGGCACCGAGAGCCUGGAUACACUGCCUUCUGGCAGAUCUGGUGCGCCUUGUUCCCCUUUCUGGUCAUGCUGGUGUGCUAUGGCUUCAUCUUCCGUGUGGCCAGGGUCAAGGCACGCAAGGUGCACUGUGGCACGGUGGUCAUUGUGGAGGAGGAUGCACAGAGGAGUGGGAGGAAAAACUCAAGCACCUCCACCUCCUCUUCUGGCAGUAGGAGGAAUGCCUUUCAGGGCGUGGUCUACUCAGCCAACCAGUGCAAAGCCCUCAUUACCAUCCUGGUGGUCCUUGGUGCUUUCAUGGUCACCUGGGGCCCCUACAUGGUUGUUAUCACUUCUGAGGCACUCUGGGGGAAGAACUAUGUAUCCCCCACCCUGGAGACCUGGGCCACAUGGCUGUCCUUCACGAGCGCUAUCUGCCACCCCCUUAUCUACGGACUCUGGAACAAGACAGUUCGCAAGGAACUCCUGGGCAUGUGCUUUGGGGACCGGUAUUACCGGGAACCCUUUGUGCAGCGACAGAGAACUUCCAGGCUCUUCAGCAUUUCCAACAGGAUCACAGAUUUGGGCCUGUCCCCACACCUCACAGCACUCAUGGCAGGUGGACAGCCCCUGGGGCACAGCAGCAGCACUGGUGACACCGGCUUCAGCUGCUCUCAGGACUCAGGGACAGAUGUGAUGCUGCUGGAAGACUACAUGUCUGAUGACAACCCUCCCUCCCACUGUACUUGCCCACCCAAGAGAAGGAGCUCUGUGACAUUUGAGGAUGAAGUGGAACAGAUCAAAGAGGCUGCCAAGAACUCUAUUCUUCACGUCAAAGCUGAAGUACAUAAGACCUUGGACAGUUAUGCAGCCAGCUUGGCCAAAGCCAUUGAGGCUGAAGCCAAAAUCAACUUAUUUGGGGAGGAGGCUUUGCCAGGGGUCUUGUUCACAGCAAGGACUGUCCCGGGGGCUGGUUUUGCAGGCCGCCGAGGCAGCAGAACGCUUGCAAAUCAGAGGCUGCCUCUGCAGAGCAUUGAAGAAGGGAACAUUCUAGCUGCAGAACAGAGAUGAGGACCCCAAGGGUGGGUUGGGGGUGGAGCUGGUCUGUGGAGGAAUUCCCAUUCCCACCUGUACCAGGGCCCUGGAACACAUCACUGUGCACAGUGGGCCAAACACAGGGGAGGAAACAUCUGGUGUGCAGCAACCAGAAAGACUGUCUCCAGUCUUUGACUUCAGUGACUGUUAUGAGACCAUAUGUGGGCUGUGUUUGAAUCCCAGAGAUGGAACCAGAAGCAUCUAAAGCACACAGAGAAUGCAGACAGACAUGUGGCUGUGGCUUUUUGGGGGUGGGGCAUACAGGAAGACUAGAGACUGUGAACUUGGAAGGAAACCACCACCUUCAAGACCAGCCACACACCAUCCUAGAGGUCUCUGGAGGUGAACCCUUUUUUAGUGCACCUCAGAGUGACAGUAUGGUACUUCUUAACGCUACAAGAUCAUCCUGGAGGGUGAUGAGGUCCACAGAGAGCACCGCAUAUAGACUUCCCACUCCUCCCAUCCUGCUUAUGGUGCCUCCUGCUGUGCCAGUUUGGGGAGGGGGAAGCUCACAAGCCCAGGACAGGGACCACUCACCCAUCUCUUUACUGACAGAUUCUAUGGUAUUUCAAAACAAGGGAGAAACCACUAUAAAAGACAGAAGGGACAGCUACUAGGUGUUUCAUUUCUAGAAUUACAAAACAAAAAAAUUGGGGGUUAGGACACAUCAUAGUCUUACUAAGAGGAGCUGUGGUGCAAAGUCCAGGCAAGAAGUGGAAACGCUGCUAGUGGAUGGAAUCCCUUUACAUAGGAAAGCCUCAGUAGAUAGAUUCUGUGGAGAUGUUUGAGUGACCAGUGAAAACAGCUGGCCUCAGUUCCACAGGGGACACUCCCAGAAGCAACAAUUUCUGUAACUGCAACCCUGGGGCAGCCGAAAAUACAGCACUGACCUGGAGUUAGCAACCUGGGUUGCUAACUAAGCUAAGCAUUUGCACAUGUCAUUGAGGACAUUCUGUCAUCUCUCUAGGCCAUCUGUAAAAUGGGGAAGGUGAGUGGGAAGUUGGACUAAAUGGUCUCCA